UUUAUUUUGGAAAAUGGAUGAGUACGGAAUUGAGGAAUUGUAUAAUGGAGUUAUUAAUGAUGUGAUCAAUCAAGUACGUCCAGCAUUUUCUGAUGAUGGCGUUGAUAUUGAAAUUUUGCGACAUUUGAAGAAGGCGUGGGAAGAGAGGCUUCAAACUGCUAAUGAAUGGUCAGGAUGUAGUGCGUCAGAGUCAAAGAGUCAUACCGGAACUGAAAUUUCACAGUUGGAUGGCGGAGGGCCAACUAUGGAUGACAGUUCUUCUGAAGAAGAGGAAGUGGUUGAAUCAACUGAAACUAAAGAGCAUUUGAAAGAAACUGAUGCAAACAAAAGUUCUGGCGAUGAAGAAGAACCGCCGCUAAAUUCUGAUGAUGAUGGAGAAGAUGAAAAUGCUGAAACAAUUUUUGAGACGGACAAUAUUGUGCUCUGUCAAUUUGAUAAGAUAGUUCGAACUCGAAAGAUGUGGAAGUUUCAUUUAAAAGAAGGGAUUAUGACUAUUCGCGGAAAAGAAUUUUGCUUUCGACGAUGUAAUGGAGAUGCUGAAUGGUAGAGGAAACUUUUGAGAGAAAAAUUGUUUUAAAAAGCGCUUUUAAUUUUAUGUAAGAUCUCUUUUAUGUUAAAAAGGUUUGGGAUUUCUUUUUGAUUUAUAAAUUUUUUGUUUUCCUUUUUGUGUUGAGUUGACUGUUGAUUCGUCAUACAUAUACCGGAGUGCACCUUAAUGCCAAAAGGCUUUAAUGCCAUCCC